GCCCACCGAGACAGCUACAACAACAACGACAACACCACGACCGGUACCCGACGAUACCGGCACACCACGAAUACAGCCCACGACGAACGGGGGGAAAGGAAACCAGCAAACGGCGCCGACACCACUGAACCACUACGGGCGAAGCGAUACAGCGACGCCACCACUACCACCAGCAAAGCGAAGCGAGAGCAAUGGGCGCAUCGCGAUCGCGAACGAGAGGUACGUCGAAUGCCCCACGAAGGCCCAGCAGAAUACCGGGUGCCACACCUACGCGAGUACAGGAUACUGACCGACUGACCGACUGACAGUGACAAGCGACAGGCUCAUCGAUCGGAUUCAUCCCGCGAGAACAGGAUGUCGUCGGAUACAUCGAUGUCGAGGGUACCGGAGUCGACAUUACCGAUGACCUCAUCGGAGCUGAGGGAACAGGAGCGGGAGUUACGGGAGCGACCGGAGGUGUAUGUGCGGGCGACACAGGAGCCCCCGGUGGAGUUCCGGCUGGAGGACGAGGUGCACGACAUCCGCGAUGAGGUCCGGCGGCUGGCGACCCAGCUCACCGGGAUGCAGGACAGGAUGGACGAGAGCGACCGGAGGAUAGACGAGCGGUUCGACACCAUCAAGGAGUGGACCGAAGGGAUGAAGGAGUGGACCGUGGGAGUAGCGGGGACGCUACAGACGAUCCUGGGGAAGCUGUCGGAUAUCGACAGCCGUGUAGUUCAGGCAGAACGGAAAGGAAAAGAAUAG